AGUCGGUGUCGCAUCGGAUCGGGUCCGACCGGAAACGCGACGCGCGUGCAAUCGAAACGGUUCCCCCCUUGCAUCCCUGACCCGCAUCCCUGACCAAAAGGGGGGUCCUCCAUUCUCCCCCGCCCUCCUUCCCGUUCCCCCCUGGGCGCUUCUCGCGACCCGUGAGGCGCAACGCAGCCAGCAGCCCCGGGCCACCGCACCGGCGGGAGCGGCCCCCCGUCCCACGUGGAUGCCGCCGAGAUGACAGAGGGCGAGUUGAGCUCCGCGCUGCGGGACGAGGCGUUUGCGAGAGACGCGGCCUGGGUGUGGCAGCGUGACGGAGGCAGCAGUUUACAACAACACAUUUUGGGCCAUCUGGCACGCUUCGUGCCCGGCAUCCACCGCACUUGUGGUGGCUUUGAAGCGGCGACUCGCACCCGGCCCAGCGUCCCGGAGGGCAGCACUCCUGAAACUCCCAGCACCAGCAGCAGCACCAGCAGCAGCAGCAGCAGCAAUGCGCCACCCGGAGGAACGCCCGAAACACCCAACGCAGUCACUGCAACGCCGGGCGGCGAUUCUGAAACGGCCGACGGUGGCAAUGACGCUGACGAGGGCCUGGGAGGACAAGGGGAGCUGCUGGUUCGCCGCGUCCUGCUGGAUCCCCUCGGCUGGUUCCUGUGCGGGGAGGAUCCGGAAGCCGGCUUCCCCCGCUUGCAGCUGUCUAACCGACCAGCACAGCUGUGCGGGCACGUGUUCCGCAGCGGGGAGCCCACAUACUCGUGCAGGGAAUGUGCAGCAGACCCCACGUGUGUGCUCUGCAUGGACUGCUUCCAGCAGAGCGUCCACCGCACCCACAGAUACAGAAUGAGUACGUCGGGUGGCGGAGGGGUGUGCGACUGCGGAGACCAUGAAGCGUGGAGGACAGGGCCGCACUGCAGCAUGCAUGCGCCGGGACACGCUGACGCAGCAGCCACUGCGGGCGUAGGCGUUCUUCCUGAUGGCGUGGAGGAGCGAGCGCGAACCCUCUUCCCCGUGCUGCUGCAGUACGCCAUCGACGCGCUCACGUGGGACCCCUCGCUGGGCCCUCUGCUGCGCAACUUCCACCAAACCCACACUGAUGAAGUGUAUCACUGUGUCCUGUACAAUGACGAGGUGCACACAUUUAACGAUGUCAUCGGCUGUCUGGUGGUGGCCAUCGGCUGCUCGGAGAGGGAGGCCUUUUCACUCGCCUCCGCUGUGGACCGUCAGGGUCGCAAGUCUGUGUACUGCGGCUCGCAGCAAGUGUGCGAGGAAAUCAAGAGAAUCAUCGUUGGCCGUAGCUCUCCACGGCGCGGACAAAAGGCGCUGCGCACGGAGGUGGAGUCGGCCUCGCUUUUCGCCCACCAGACGUUCGCGACGCGCCUGCUAGCCUGGCUCAAUCACAUCUGCGAGACAUGCGAGGGCCUGCGCGUGCUGGUGUGCGAGGCUCUGCUGGCUGGCGGUGACGCCUCUCCCGUCUGCAUGCUCAUGCUCCAGGACUCGCGCCUCUGGAAGGGAGCGAGGAGUGUGCACUACGACCUGAUCAUGGGCAGCCUCCUACUGGAGGCCGAGUACAAGCGCCAUUUCGCCGUCGUGUUCACACGGAAUUACCGCCGGCUGCAGCAGGAUUUCCUGGACGAUGACCACGAGCGAAAUCUGUCCGUGACCAGCCUCUCGGUGCAGGUGUUCACUGUCCCCACGCUGGCACGGUAUCUGGUGAUGGAGGAGGACGCCCUGUCCAUCCUCGUGAAGACCAUGCGGGAGCAGCUGCAGGAGCUGAUGGGCGGCAACGGGGCGCUGCACCCGGACCGCACCGACUCGGUGCAGCUCCGCCGUGCGCUGCACACUUUCGGCGACCUCAAGUUUAUCCUGAUCGCUCGGCCUAGCGAAUGGAGCGAUGCCCUGAGGAUCAAAUUCCUUGCCGGCUUUCAAGAGUUCAUGACCUUCCUGCAAGUCCUGCAGGGCAUCGAGGCGGUGACGCGGCAGCUGAGUCAGCACGUGGAGAUGGACCCCGAAUGGGACGUGGCCUACAGCCUGGAGCUCGCCGUCACGCAUGCCAUCACCAUGAUGCAGGGCUGGUGCGCGUCCAACGCGGCAGUGCUGGUGGAGUCCUACGCGCUGUGCGUGCGCGCGCUGCAGUCGUCCGGCGUGGUGCCCCGCAACGCCGCCGCCACACCCGUCAGGCUGGCGCUGUGCGGCCACUCCCUGCUCUCCAUGCCCUAUCUGGUCUCUCGCCAGCCCGUGAGCACCCACCUGCCCAUGACUCGCUUCCUCGCAGGCCUCUAUGCGAUGGUGAGCCACACUGGGGUCAUGUCUUCUUACCCAGAGAUGAAUCUGCUGGAAAGCGUGGAGCCACAGGACAUGGCCGAAUUGCCCCUCAGGUGCCUGGUGCUGUUGGCGCAGGUGAACGCCGGCAUGUGGCGGCGUAACGGCUUCUCCCUCGCCAACCAGAUGUACCACUACCACAGCGCCAUGUGCCGCCAGGAGAUGUUCGACAAGGAUGUCCUCAUGCUGCAGAUCGCCGCGUCUCGGAUGGACCCGGAUGAAUUCCUCCUGCUCCUCCUGUGCCGCUUUGAGCUCAUCAACGUCUUCAAGACAGCCACGCGGCACAGCGGACACCGUGCCGACACCACCAGCAAGGACCAGCUCCAGCAGAACAGCUUCCUGCUCGAAGAACUUCUUCAGCUCAUCAUAUGGAUCUUGGCGGAGCGCUUUGUACCGGGCGUGAGCGCCGUGACGGCGCAGCAGGUGACGCGGCACGAGGUGGUGCACCAGCUCGCCAUCAAGCCCAUGACGCACAGCGAGCUGAGCAAGGCGCUGCCCGAGAACGAAAACGACGAGACUGGCAUGGAGGCUAUCAUCGAUGACGUCGCUGUCUUCAGGAAACCGGGCCUCACCGGCCGUGGGGUUUACGAGCUGCGGCCCGAGUGCACGGCCGAGUACAACCCCUUCUUCUACCACUACCGGCGAUCGGAGCAGUCCAAGGCAGAGGAGGCUCAGAAGAAGUUGAAGAAGCUGAAAGGAGAGGAUGGCGCGCUGCCUCCGCCCGUGCCGCCCCCACUGUGCCCCAUGUUUGAGGGGCUGCUGAGACUCCUGCACUGCGACACGUUCGUUUGCAUGCUGGCGUGCGUGCUGCACUGGGCUGCCAAGCCCUCCGGACAGCCGUGCUCCGAGGCUGCCCUGCAGAGGGCGCUGCACCUGAUGGGGCUGGCGCUAAUGGAGGAGCAGAAGCAGCUGCAGCAAGCGGGCGAGGGGCACGAGGCUGACGUCUCCUUCUGCUUCCUGCGCAAGGCAACGCGCUCCGGGAGCCCCCCUGACAGCGCGCACUCCCUCCUGGCCCAGCUGCAGGCCCUCCAGGCCGCCUCCCACCUGGAGAAUGAGAAGGACACGAUCGCGUGGACGUUGAAGCUCUUCGCGACCGUGCGGAUGCUUCGGGAGAGAACUUCCCAGACCCCCGGCUCCUCCAUGGAUGAACAAACGCACAAAGAGGACGCGGGUGAGCGCGACAAGCAGGAGCGCAAGCGCAAGGCGGAGGCUGCGCGCAAGCGGCGCGAGAAGAUCAUGGCGCAGAUGUCGGCGAUGCAGCGCAGUUUCAUGGAGGAGAACCGCGCGCUCUUCGAGCAGGCUGGGGGGGCGGCCGCGGCGCAGGGGUCGACGGAAACCGACAGCAGCUCGGAGUUCGGCGGCGGAAGCAGCGGCUGCGAUGGCGCCACCGCGGAGCCCGGCGGCGUGUGCGUGGGGCCACGCCGGGCCAGCCGCCCCGCUGAGCGCCGCGUCCUCAGCUGCAUCCUGUGCCAAGAGGAACAGGAGGUGCGUGCCGACGGCGCCGCCAUGGUGCUCGCCGCGCUGGUGCAGCACUCCACCGUGCUGGCUCGCCCGCAUGCCACAGGCGACCCGGCGGCGCCGCCGUUGACCGCGGCAGAUGCAGAACCCGACAAGUUUGACCCCCUGUUGGUGACUGCUGGCCUUCCUGUGGGCGUCCACAGUGGCAGCUGUGGCCAUGUCAUGCACGCGCACUGCUGGCAGAGGUACUACGAGCCGACGCAGGUGCGCGAGCGGCGCCAGUUCCGCCAGCGCAUGCCCAUGGACACGGAGACGGGCGAGUUCCUGUGUCCGCUCUGCGAGGGCAUCAGCAACGCCGUGGUGCCGGUGCUGCCCGCACCGUGCAGCUCCCACCAGCUGCCACCCUCCGGGGAGGAGGUGGAGGCUUUGGUUGAGCAGCUGACGCUGUCACGCUGGCUGGAGGUGGUGUGCCUGCGCAUCGCUGGGCUGCGGCAGCUGCUGAACAGAAAACCAGACAAUCUGGAGGACAAAGGGGACGUCCAAGCUCCGCAGCCCCCCGCGAGUCUCCCAGAAGGGUUCCGCUCCAUCCUCAACUACGGAGUCCGGCCCAUGCCCCAGUACUCGGAGAGCCUGUGCGGGAUGGUGCAGACCUUCUCCAUGGCGCUGUACCGCGCCUCUGUGUCGGCACACCCCAACGACCAGGACCCGCGCGUGCCGACGCUCGCCUGGCACACGUGCGCCUUCACCAUCAUGGCGCUGGAAUCCAACUUGAGAGCGGAUAUGAAGCCUCUCUUCGGCUCCCUGCCCAGCCGCCAGGUGGAAUGCCUGCGCUCGCUCGUGCGACUGGCCGAGGCGCAGUACAGCAUGGUGUCGUCCGCGGAAGUGGUACAAGGGCACGUCCUGCGUCUCUUCAGUGUUCUCAUCCCGGAUCCGCAGGGGGAAGAUUCCCCGUGUCUACUGGACGUCGAUUUGACCCACCUACUGCUGUGCGCCGCGCUCGCCUUCCCGGCACUCUACCACGAGGAGGGCGCCCCCCUGCGCCCCUCCCCCGUCGCCGCCUCCCUCAACGAGCUCCACCUCGUCACGCUCGUCACCAUGGCGCACGUGCUGCAGGUGCUGCUCACGGCCGCUACCGUUGCCCCGACGCCAACGACGGAGGAUGCGAUGGAGGUGGACGAGGAGGUUGGCUACGGUGAGGAGGAGGUGCAGGCCGUGGAGGAGCUGUGCGUUCGGCUGCAGCAGGUCACGGCCGGGGCGUACGCGUCGCGCGUGCCGGCCAGCCGGCUGGCUCGCUCUAUACGGGUGGGCGUCGCGCCGUUCCUCCGCUGCGCCGCCACCUUCUUCUGCCUCCUGCACGACAGUCCACCGCCCCCGCAGCUAAGAGAAGCCAGCGGGCUGGAGUUUGAGACCCUCUGCCGGUACCUGGCGCUUCCCACCAACCUGGCGUCGCUCUUCCAGAUCCACGGCGCCUGCAUCGAUUCCCUCCUGCGCAGUUGGUGCUCGGCUCCGGGGGUGACACGACUACUCAAAGGAGCAAGAAGCGCAGUCACGUUUCCACGCGAGGAGAACAGACUCGUGUCCCUGCCAGAUGAUUACAGCCAGCUCAUCAACCGCACCUCGCUCUACACCUGCCCGAACGGCGGCGCGGAGGGCGAUGCGGCGCGCUCGAUGGCGCUGUGCCUGCUGUGCGGCGCCAGCUUGUGCUCGCUCUCGCUGUGCUGCCAGACCACGCUGGGCUCGCGCACCGUCGGGGCGUGCACGCUGCACGCGCUGCGCUGCGGCGGCGGCGUCGGUAUCUUCUUGCGGGUGCGCGAAUGUCAGGUGCUGCUGCUGGCAAACCGGACGCGUGGCUGCUUCAUGGAAGCGCCUUACCUGGACGACUACGGGGAGACCGACCAGGGCCUCCAUCGCGGCAACCCGCUGCACCUGUGCCCAGAGCGUCUGGCCGGCCUGCAGCGCCUGUGGCUGGAGCACGGCGUGCUGCACUCCAUCGGCCACUCGCAGGAGAGCCAGCACCUCGCCUACUCCUGGGAGCUCUUCUAAGGGCCCGGCGGUCGUCCUGCUGUAGCACCCACCCCCCCACCUACCUACGCAGCCGGCCAGCUACUCGGGAGGGUUGGCCAGCUAGUGAGGCAACCGAGGCAGGCAGGCAGUCAGUCGUUUAUACAGCCAAGCCAGCAAACCGGCCAGCAUGCCAGUCAGCCACCCAGUCAUCGAUCGUCCUUUUUCCACUGCCAUAUCUGAGCCGAGCCAGCACGGGGCCCACGUUGUGGUUUGCCACUGGCCGUUUGCCGUGCUGAGGCGGAAGGAAACUGUAAUAAUAACGCUGGGCCUCGUACAACUUCUAAAUCUAUGUUGGGGGCCAAGCAGGGCCAGGGAGGGGUUAACGACACGUUCAUUGCGCAUGUCGUCGGCAGCGUGGCUCGGUUUACUGCAGUGGAAAAAUGACCUGCACCUCCUGACUCGCAACGGCCUGGCUCGGCACGGCCCUUGGCGUCGCUCGGAUGUGCCGGUGGCUAAGGGUCUGUGAGGUCAUCCAGUGAGACAGGUGGUUGGUCAUUUAGCUGGGUAGUUGGUGAGCGAAUUGGUCAGAAGGUUGGGCCGUGGUGGACCGCAAGGUCUGGAGUGUGGGUAGUCUUGAGACGGUAUAGCCAUUGCUUGUUAUGGUGGCUUGCCCUGAUUUAACCAUUUGUUUAUAGCUGUCAUUUAUGAAAUCAAUUUAGUCAUAAACUUUAUUUAAAGCUUUCAUGACUGCAGGAAUUACUCUUUGGUUCUUUUGGUAAAGUCACGUAGAAAGAAAAUAAUUUGUUUUCUCUCUCCCUGUGUGUCUCUCUCUGCUUGUGUCUGUCUAUGUGUCUCCGUGUCUGUGUUUUGUCUCUCAAAUUUAGCAAUCUUUGGAAGAAUGUAAUCAACCAGGUGGGGUGCUGACUGUUGUGUUAGCCGACUCUCUGUGUUGUAUUGCAUUAUAUUUCUAAGUUUACUAGGUUUGUUUUCUCAUUCAUUCUUACCUGAUUACGAUUGCUUUUGUUGCAAUCGAAACGUCGUGUUCUAUUACUUAAUUUAUUUUCUUUCUACGUUACUUUACCGAAAGAACCAAAGAGCAAUUUAGUCAUGUAUUCAUACCUCUGUACCCGAUUUCUGUUGCAAUGUGAACACCAAAAUUGAAAAAAAGGAAGAUAAAAUGGACCUUUCCCUCGUGCUGGAUAUCAAGUUGGGGGUGGGGAUAGAUUGAGUGGGAGGAGACUGGUGCUCGUGGCAGAUGGCUUCUUGAAAGGAGGGGUUACAGUGCAUUGCACCCACGAACUGGGCCGCUCAUUUUGGCCUUCACAGUUUUUUUUUCAUCCCGUUUGAUCGCCGGUAUUUUACUCAGCAUGAGCACCGCUAAGCCACGGCCCACUGAGGUCACCCUGAAAUAUUACUCGGGUCUCACUCGACCAACAGCGGCUCAAGCGCGCAGUCGGUGUCGACUAUCGAUCACACUCUUUGCAAUUGUGCAGAUUCAACUUCCGUGAUAAUUUUCCAAAUGUUUUAAUCGGUCUUAAGUGAUUACCCCAAUAUCUGACGUUGGAGAGUUAUUCACAGGUAAGCUCUUGAAAUGCCCCCCCCCCCCCAAUUCCCCUCACCGCAUUUUCAAUUUACCACCACAUCGAAACGUUCUGUCUCUAUACACUUUGGUAGGAAUGUUCCUGUUUUGGCCUCCUGUUGAUUUGAAGCAGUGCCAUUGGCAAUAGCUUUGGCCGGUCGCACGCGUUACUGUCACAAGGAAAAUAGAAAUGGUCACUGUGUCGGUGAAGGUUUUUUGUUCGACCGUAAAAUGGUGGCCAUCGAACACCGUCGACGUCAAACGCAGCGAUCUUUGGAUAAAAGCUCCCAAUUCAAAGCCGCAGCCGACCAACCCCUUCUUGAUUUUUCAGAAUUCUAAUAUUGUAUUAUUAUGUUCUGCAUCGCUUCGUACGUAUGUGCGUGUUUAUGUUGAACUUCUUCUUCUGCACCGUACGUAGUCACCCUUCAUUACAAGCAUUUGGAAGACACGAAGACAAAUUGCCCGCGUAUCUUACACCGUCAAAGGUCAUAGUUUGAGUGAUGGUUCUGCCGUGAAACAUUGAAAUCGGUUUUGAUUACGGGUUUUAUCGUCUGUAGCUACUGGCCGAUUAUACUGCAUGUUUUAGUUUGGCAUUUCUUGGACUAUGUUUCAUUAUGAGGCCUGAGGAUCGUCACUGAACAUUGUCAUUGGUGUUCAACAUUGGCUUGGCAGAUUUUUGUGCUUUUCUUCUGUCCACGCCCGUGAGCUCCUUGCCGUGUGAAGAGAGUCAUUGCGGGCGCGACGCACACGCGGUGUGGCUCGCGGCAAACGGCAGGAGACGCGUGCUGACAUUUUCACGUCUCAUUGUUGCGAUGCAGCUGUAUGCAGGCAAAUAGAAACACGUGUUGUUCUCCAGAUAAACACGCACACACACAUAUACAAAAUCUACAGUGUUUCUACAUGGUCACACUACGUAAGCAUUGUAAUAUUUGUUUCUGGCUUAUAUGGCAAGUAUUUCCUUGUGACAAUGCGGCCCGGACAAUGUCCUAGCAACUCGGGCGAUCGCUGUAUGGGCUGAAUUUGGAAAUAUAGAUUGUUGCAUAAUGCCCCCCGAGUAGUUCUGAAAACUGGCCAGGGUAUAGGAACACAAUGGCCAGCUUGCUUUUGCAAGUCAUCUCACCGUUUCCUCUGUGUGUGUGUGCAUGCACGCAUCAUCAGAAGUUUGUUGAUUGUGAGGGAAGGGCGAAAUAUAUUUUGAAAGGUUAUAUCCAGCCAAUGGGACGUUGAUGCGGUGUAGUGGUUCGCGCACUGGACUUGCAUUACAGAGGUCGCAGGGUUGAUUCUAUCUCCCGGGGUGGCAGUCGACACAGCCGUGCAAGUUUCUUAAAUCGCUCGCCGCCGCCUCCAUUCACCCAGCAGUAUAAAAAAUUGUUACUCCACAGUUGGUAGGUCACGUGUGGUGGGGUAAAGUGUGGGUAUGCCCACCUGUUCCAAGACUGUCUCACCAGUGCGGAAGAGUAGACCAAGCACCCUCUUAGAGGGGGAUCUUUAGAGCUCCCUCCAGUGGAGGCCUUUCUGCCAGCAGUGACGUGAGCCAGCAGUUGCAGGGCUGCUCCCUCUAUCCAGGUUUUUUCCCCCUUAGCCAUGCGACAACUGUUAUCUCAAUGUUGACCUAUUUAGUGAAAAAUACAUUGGAGUGGGGGUAUCCACUUCGUCUGUGUGGGGUUGUCUCCAAGCACUCCGAUUUCUGCCCACACACAAUACGAGGAUUCAGAAACACGAGGUUUUCUGAACGUCUCAACAAGGGUGCCACGGUGGCUAGGAGAUGUUAACCACCUCGUCUGGUAUACAGGAGGUCGUGGGUUCGAUCGCGACCCUAACGCCUGCUGUAUAUUUGGAGUUUGCGUGUCUCUCCCCGUGGUCACGUGGAUUUUUCUCCGGUAAUUCCCUCCACAUUUAGAAACACGCGUUUUUAGAGUAUUUGGCUGCGAAAUCAAUUUCCACACGAUAAGCCACUUAGUUGAGCUAUCAUUUGUGGCCAGGUCGUUUCUGAAAAAGAGCUGUAUAGAAACUCAGUGGUGGGCCUUACCUGAUCAAAUAAAAAAUUCAUUUGUCUUAAUUUUAGUUUUCUCUCAUAGCAGGGCCCUCCCGAGGUCUGAUUGUACGAAGCGAUCCAUUUACAGAUACUCCACUCAUGACCCCUCGCAUGAUCAAUGGCCCUGGCUUGCUCAUCAUUGCAACGCGUAAGCAAAUCGAACCGGGCUGUUGGGACACAGUACGUCGGGACAGCGUGAUGAAAUGUAAAACAAUGCGCAUUGAGUGGUGGCAGUUGACGUGUGGAGAGGCGUUUAAUUACAAUGUUGUUUGCUCUACGAUUUCCCCAUUAUUUUAGUGUGGUGUGUCUAUAAACAGCUGGUCACGUAUAAACAACAUGACUUCUUAUCAUAAUCGUUGCACGGUCGUUCUACACGGCUUCCUUGGAGCACUCGAACACACAAAUAGGAAGAUCACAAUUUCGAAAUCACGGCGAGAGGUCAAACUCAGCCCAUCAUCUUUACGGGAUUCAUGACACGAGUACUGUAUCGUGCCACAUUUUAAAACGUCAAAAGGGUUUUCGACCUGUAUACAAACUCGCCUGCCCUGGCAAUGUCAAGUGUCCGUUGCAUCGGGCAGCGCAGAAAAGAGCCAUCGUUGUCCCGUGGGAGAUGAAUGGUCCGUCAACCUCCACGACCCACACGGCGUGGGGAGGGCCCUCAUCCAGCAGUGGAUUGACGAAAGGGCGGCACGUGCACAAGAAUUCACGUGGGACCCCCCUCUCCCCAACUCUUCUCUAAUUGCUGUGCGCCCACACGUGCUGGCAAGCGGAUGGGUUUGUUAGUGCUGUAGCCCAGUGUACAGAGCUGUAUACUAGUGCAGAUUGUUUUGAUUCAAUAAAUCUUUAUGCAUAAAAUA